AUGGAUCUGGGGACUAAAAGAGUCGCUGGGAUUAUCGCUCGGGUCGCCCUGCUCCUCUCCUGCUCGUACGGGACAACCGGAGAAGAGGUGUGUGACAGCCCGCUAGUGACCAAUCUGCUGCCGUCAUCCUUUAGAAGCUCCUCCCAGCUGUCCAGCAGCCACGCACCGGGCUUCGCCAAACUCAACAGGAGAGACGGAGCUGGAGGUUGGUCUCCUCUCGUCUCAGACAGAUAUCAGUGGUUAGAGGUCGACCUGGGCGAGCGGACCAAGAUCACGGCCGUCGCCACGCAGGGUCGCUACGGCAGCUCUGAUUGGCUGACGUCCUACCUGCUGAUGUUCAGCGACACCGGACACAACUGGAAGCAGUACAGACAGGAGGACAGCAUAGGGUCUUUUCCAGGUAACAGUAAUGCAGACAGUGUGGUUCAGCACAAGCUGCAGCAGCCGGCCAUCGCUCGCUUCCUCCGCCUGAUUCCUCUGGACUGGAACCCCAACGGGCGAAUCGGACUCCGGCUAGAGACCUACGGAUGUCCUUACACCUCUGAUGUGGUGAGUCUCGACGGCAGCAGCGGCAGCAGCGGUCUGGUGUUCAGAAUUCCCGGGCCGAGGCGGACGUCCAGAGAUGUUGUUACUCUGAAGUUUAAAACCCUGAGGAAUUCUGGGACGCUGCUGCAGGCGGAAGGACGGGACGGACUCGGCCUCAGUCUGGAGUUGGAGAGAGGAAAGCUGCUGCUGCUGCUCAGACAAGGCAGGACUUCAUCCUCUGAACCGCGGCGUCUCGCUUCUCUCGGCAGCUUGUUAGACGAUCAGCAUUGGCACCACAUUGCAGUGGAGCGCCGGAGCUUUCACCUCAACCUCACUGUGGACAAACACACAGAAAGAGUUCAAAUCCCUGCAGAGUUCAGCCACUGGGACGUCGAACAGCUGAGUGUGGGGGCAGUUCAGGGUUUCAGUUCUCAGAAAUCACUCGUCUCCAAGAGGAACUUCCAUGGCUGUAUGGAAAACCUGCUGUACAACGGCCACAACAUGAUAGAACUAGCCAAGAACGGCGACCACCAAGUUACUGUCUUGAACAACAAAGGAGUGACGAGGUUGUGUUGCAGACGAGAACAUGAUCAGAUAAUAGUCACUAAUUGCGAGAUAACAAGAGGUGCUGCUCUGAAUGACGGCCAGUGGCAUUCGGUGGAGCUGAACUCCAGAAGAGGACGUCUGACCGUUGCUGUGGAUAAAGAGGAAGGAGGCAGCGCUCAGGCCAGUCCGUCGUUUCCUGUCACUAUAGAAAGUCAACUCUUCUUUGGUGGCUGUCCUGCUGAAGACACCAGUCAGGAGUGCAGAAACCCCUUCAACGUCUUCCAGGGUUGCAUGCGUUUGCUGACUCUGGACAACCAAAACAUGGACCUGAUCAUGGUGCAACAAAAGCAGCUGGGAAGCUACAGCAACCUGCAGAUAGACAUGUGUGGAAUCAUAGACAGGUGUUCUCCUAGUCGCUGUGAACACGGUGGACGCUGCAGUCAGUCCUGGACCAUCUUCCACUGCAACUGCUCUGACAGCGGAUACAGCGGAGCCACCUGCCACAGCUCUGUGUACGAACAGUCCUGCGAGGCGUACAAACACAACGGCAACACGUCUGGACACUUUUACAUCGACGUGGACGGCAGCGGACCAAUCAGACCACAGCUGGUCUACUGCAACAUGACAGAGGACAACACAUGGAUGAUGAUGCAGCACAACAACACAGAGCUGACCAGACUGAGACCCUCUGCAGGUGUGAAACAGCACUUAGUCCACUUUGACUACUCGUCUCAGGAUGAGCAACUAUUGGCCGCCAUCAGCCAAUCAGAGCACUGCGAGCAGGAAAUGAGCUACCACUGCAGGAAGUCCCGCCUCCUCAACACUCCAGAGGGUUCUCCGUUCAGCUGGUGGCGCGGUGGUUCGGGUCUGGGUCGAAUCCAGACGUACUGGGGAGGAGCUCAUCCAGGCAGCCAGCAGUGUGCCUGUGGCCUGCAGGGCGACUGUGUGGAUCUACAGCACUACUGCAACUGUGAUGCCGACCGCAUGGAGUGGACUGAAGACUCAGGCCUGCUCACCCAUAAGGAGAGCCUCCCCGUCCGGUCCCUGGUGCUGGGUGACGUUCAGAGGCCGGGCUCUGAGGCUGCCUACAGGGUGGGGCCGCUCCGCUGCCGUGGAGACAAGAACUUCUGGAACGCUGCGUUUUUCGACAAGGAGACGUCGUAUCUCCACUUCCCCACCUUCCACGGAGAGCUGAGCGCAGACAUCUCCUUCCUGUUUAAGACCACGGCCUCCUCCGGUGUGUUCCUGGAAAACCUGGGCAUCAAAGACUUCAUCCGCAUCGAGCUGAGCUCCUCCACUCAGGUGCUUUUCUCCUUCGAUGUGGGUAACGGACCGCUGGAGGUUCUCGUGGAGUCCAGCGACCCGCUCAAUGACAACCGGUGGCACCGAGUCCGGGCCGAGCGGAACGUCAAGGAGGCGUCACUUCGACUGGACGACCUUCCUGUCGCCACGCAGGAGGCUCCUGCUGACGGACACUUCCACCUGCAGCUCAACAGCCAGCUCUUCAUCGGCGGCACAGCGUCCAGGCAGAAGGGUUUCCGAGGCUGUAUUCGCUCUCUGCAGCUGAACGGCGUCACCCUGGACCUGGAGGAGAGAGCCAAGAUCACCCCCGGUGUUCAACCCGGCUGCCCGGGUCACUGCAGCAGCUACGGGUCGCUCUGCCAGAACCAGGGCCGCUGUGUGGAGAGAACCAACGGCUUCCACUGUGACUGCGGCCUGUCGGCGUACACUGGAGUCUUCUGCCAGACAGAGGUGUCGGCCAGCUUCAAAUCGGGAACAUCCGUCAGCUACACCUUCAAGGAGCCCUACGAGCUGAGCAGGAACAGCAGCGCUCUGCCGUCCUCCAUCUACUCUGACAUGACGCUGAGAGGAGAGAACGUCUCGCUGAGCUUCAGGACGAACCAGAGUCCUGCUCUGCUGCUCUACGUCAGCUCCUACUACAGAGAGUACCUGGCCCUGCUCAUCAACAAGCACGAUAAGCUGGAGGUGAGAUACAAGCUGGACAGCAGCAGAGAAGCCGAGGUGUUGAGGAGCAAAGUGAGGAUUCUGGCCAACGGACAGCUGCACACCGUCACCAUCAGGAGGCUGACGGACUCUGUGUCUGUGCAGAUUGACCAAAAUGCGAGAGAAGACUUCAACCUGACAUCUGACGGAGAAUUCAACGCCAUCAAGUCGCUGGUGUUGGGCCGAGUGCAGGAGUCUGAUGACUUGGAUCCGGACCUGGCCAGGUUGGCGUCUCUCGGUUUCGCCGGCUGUCUGUCGGUGGUCCAGUUUAACACCAUCAGCCCUCUGAAAGCAGCUCUGCUCCACCCGGACACCAGCCCCGUCAUCAUCAGCGGACCUUUGGUUCAGUCCAACUGUGGCUCUGCAGCCUCAGCCAAUCCCUACGCAGAGGAGAACACACACCACCUGUCAGACCAGUCUGGUUCAGUGGGUUCAGGUCAACCUUUAGUCAAUGCCAUCAGGACUGACUCGGCUCUGAUCGGAGGUGUCAUCGCAGUAGUGAUCUUUGUGAUCGUGACCGGCCUGGCGAUUACUGCCAGAUUCCUCUACCGGAGGAAGGACACGUAUCGAAACCAGGAAGUAAAGGGAGUCAAGCAGGACGACAGCCCAGAUUUUCCUUUCAACAACCAGACCGACUCCCAGAAUCUCUCCACCGAAAACCCAAAGGAGUAUUUCAUUUAACUGGAGCCCAAUGACCUGAUGUGCUGCUGGGUUUUUGGAGCUGAGGGGCUGCAGAUAGGAGUGUCCAUCAUGCCUCAGGGCUUUGCAGAGCACUCAGGAGCCACUCAGACAUUCCUCCGACAGAAGUGGCUCUACACCACGAGGAAAGCAAAGAAGAACAAUCCACACAGUGUUGUCUCUCUGCUUUGCUGUAAAUUGUGAAUAUACUGAUACAAAACAGGCAACCGUGUUGGACUUUGAGGUGUUAAUAUACUUGUUUCAGUGACUGUAAAUAUUCAAACAAUGUAAAUGUUGAAUUCAUGUCUUUGUAACAAUCUCUGGCUAACGACACUUUGUCAUAUAGAAAUGUUGGAAGUCAAGGAGGUGUCAGUAUAUUUAUUGUGUAUGAGCAGGGAAAUGUGAAGCCGUGUCCUUUUGUGGUUGGGUUUCACCCGGAGAGAGCCAGAGGUGAACUCCAUGAAUUUAACAAGGUGUCUCACUAACCAUACAUAAAUAUUUUAUCUUUACUUUUGAGUAUUUUUUUUGGUUUCAACCAUCUCGUCCAGCUGCUUGCUGUUUUGCUGCACAUCAGAUAUUUCAGUGAAGGAUAAUUCUUUCCACAAAUAGACAAAAAUGAUUCCAAAAUUAUGAGCUUUGUCGUGGAUUUAUCAAGUUUCAAAGCUGCAUUUGGUAUUGUUGAUAAUAAAAAUGUGUCAAAUGAUAAUGUGGAAACUAGAAGGACACUUGAAGAGCACACAUGUCCACCCGGGCCAGUGCCCAGUCUUACAGUUUUAAGGAAAGUGAUCUGCAUCAACAUUUAACUGGUUUUUCCUUUGCCCAUUUUUUUGAUCCGCCCAGUUUCAUAAAAUUCAGCAUGGCAGUUGUUGUGUAGUGUUGCUGACCUGUAAACCAAAUGGCACUGAAAAUCCAACCUCCUUGGUGGAGGUAGCAAUGUGACAAUGAACUGUAAAUGUGAAUCAGCUCUUUUCAGCCUUUGAGCUCAGUAGUGAGUUUAAACUCAUACUCUGUCAGGCACAACUUCACUGUUUGCAUUGUUUUUGGUACCAAAUGGCAGCUGCAUUCAGAGAAAAAGGCUACUGGGCACAAUGUAAUGGUUGUCAAAUUGCCAGACAGAGACAGUGUUAGCAUCUAGCUGGUGAACAUGGAGCAUUUAGCAGCCAAACAGCCACAGUUUCCUCAGGAGUUGGUAGAGACCAAAACCAGAGCAAAAAGAAAAUUAAUAUUGGACACAGAAUCCACCAGAUAGACUCAAACAAGAGUCCACGUGAAUUGUAAUGUUACACCAUAACUGCUUGCUGGGUAAACAAGAAAGGAAGUCGGUCCGUGUUUAUCUGAUAACAGUAACUGCUGGAGAAACUAAAAACUCCUUCAACCACCACUUUGUCAAAAACACAACAGCAGAGUAACUGGUAGUAAUUAAAU